AUGUUAGCUUUUAUGGCUAUAUUUCUACUCUUCUUUAUAGAGAGAAUAUUUGGAGGUCUAACUGGCCACACUACAAUUUUCAGUUUGGAUGUUGAAUAUAAUCUGAGAGUCGCAGUCUCAGGGUAUACCACUUCAUCUGAUUUAAUAACAGCAGGUUAAGGACAUUUUAUCGCAUAUUUAGGAACCAACAACAAGUUCAAAUGGGGAAAGUAUAUAGAAAAUUUAGAUCCAGCAGCAAGUGCAUGCUAUGUUAGACUAUCUCGAUGGCUCUCAAGUUCAGAAUCAAAUUCAAAAAGUGGACUUGGUGUUGCAUGUUAGAUUAAUGAUGGCAUCUUAGUUAUGUUUAUGAAUCUAAAUGACGGUGAGAUAUAAAGUUAGUACUACGAUUAAACUGCUGGUACUACUAAUCGAUAUGGAUUGUAUUUUCAUUCAACAGACAGUCUUUUUGUAGUCCUUGAGUAUUAAAAUAACUGGAGGUUGACAAAAUACAUGAAUAGUACUGGGAUCAGUUUCAACUUAGCUGGGAACUCAAUAUCCUAGUAUUCUAAAGCUUCAAGAAUAAUACUAGAUUACUAUGAAUCUAAUGUAAUUCUUAUUGGAGGUCUGAUAAAAUACACUGAUGAUGUUGUUUACACAGUUGUUUCGAAAAUUUACUAUAACUAAUAAAGUAUUAAUUCCAUUCAAGGAGUUGCUAAUCCAAAUUACCCAUCAGAAUAUUAUACGGUUAGUGGGAUAUGUGCGAGUGAUUAUUUCAGUUUUGCUGUACUUACUGAUUAAAAUGCAGGUUAGCAUUAAUUUACUUUAUGGAUUACAACUGGAUCACAGGCAAUAAGUUACUCUAGAUUUAAGACCUUUUAAGAAUUUGAGGUUGUUGGAUGUGGCUUUGGGACUGUAUUGAUUCAAUAUACCCUCUCUAAAUUACUCUAUUAUAUAAAAGUGGAUUUUACUAAUGAUGGAAAUAUUGCCUAUCAGAGUAAUGCUACAUACUUUGACAAUUACUAGUAAAGAUAAAUAGUGUAGGGCUCCUUUCCCAAAAAAAAUUAUUUCUUUUAUGCUGGAUCAUCUUAAAGUUACAAAUACCCCAUUCCUGAAUCAACAUCCUAUGCAAAUUAAAUGGGUUUUAUCAUGGGAAUUGGCUCAGGAAUAUAGUGCUCAGGAAGUUAAUCAGAUGUAACAGGUUUACUAUAAAAUUUUGUAAUGGAAUAAUUUGUUCUGCCUAAAGUUACUCUUAGUAAUUCCAUAAUAUAGUCUCUAACUAUUUUGGAUCAAGUAGUGGAAGGAACAGUUUCUGUGACAUCAAUCGAUAUGAAUUCAACUGUUGACAAUACAUGGUGUCCUCAAUUAAGAACGUAUUAAUCAUUAAUCUAUUACACCUAAGAAUAUGAAGCUUCGUAUACAUAUUUACUGAAUGAACCUCUAAAAAAUUGGACAUUAUACCACACUCCAAGAGUAGAAUAUGCUUGUGAUGAUGCUGAAUAGAAAUAUUAUGUCACUAGUCCAGUAACACUACCAACUUUCCUUACUUAGGAGGAAGAUAAUAAAGGUUCAUUUAAGUUUUUUACAAAUGACAAAAAUGAUCUAGGAUAAUACAAUCUGACAAUCAGAGUUUAGUAUGAACCUACUAAAAUUAAUAAGACAAUGAAGAUAUAACUAAGUGUUAGACAUUGCGAAGAUGUUAAAAUAUACAAAUCAACCUAAUAUGCCUAUCCAUACACAGUUGGAGAUGGCAACAGAACAAUCUAGCUCUACUAGUUUUACCUUACCCUCAACUGCAAUGUCACCUACACUUUAAAGUACAAAAAUGGAUCUGAUUUUGAUAAGAGCAUUUUCUACUUCGACACAGUUAAUUUUCGGCUAUAUCUAAAGGCAGAUAACAACUCUUAAUCAGGAAUUUAUUAAUUUGAUCUCUAUGGAUUUGUAGAUACUUUUCCUUAAGCGAAUGAGAACUCAUCAUUUUCAAUCACAGUCAAUUACAACUGCUUCUAUGCAAAGUUCAAUAUUUAACCAUAGCUGGAUGUGUAUUAUUAUGAUGUAAGUGACGGGAAGAAUGAAACUAUUGGAAUUAUGAACUGGUCCUAAGAUUUACCCGACUGUCCUGGAAUCUAAUAUACUCUUGUUGAUUAAGACUUCAACGCACCUGAUCCUGCAAUUUUUUCAUUUAUAAAUAAGCGAUUCACAGUUAUGUCUAAUGAUUUUUCACUUACCGAUAACGAGUAUACAUUUUAUCUAAUAGGAAAUAAUACUAAAAAAUCCUAGGCAUUUGCUUUUAAAGUUGUGAUGAUAAAUUCUUGUUAAGUUGCAACAAUUACACCUAAUAAGAUUUCAGAUUAGUUCUAUACGAUUGGAGCUAUCCAGAAGUAGAUAGCAGUUUAUGGAUGGAUAUCAUCUACUAAUAUAUGUAAAACAUUCACCUAUGAAGUUUAAUGUAGCCCAGCUUGCAACUCCUUUUUAACAUUCGAUGAUGUUAAUAACGUAAUUAAUGUGUAAACUGGCAAUUUACUUUUAACAGAAACUUAUUAUAAAGUAACAAUUACUGGCUAUAUCGAUUUUAAAUUUCAAAAAAAUACCACCUUUUUCACUAUAGGACUUUUAAAUUAUUGCUAAAGUGCUGUUAUUCAGGUUGGAAAGUAAAGAGACCUAUUUUACACAAUUGGAUCUCUUGAAUAUGAAGUGGAAUUGCCUCCAUUUUCAUCUACUGCUACGGUUGCUGAAUGUGGAGCAUUUAAAUAUACUAUAACAGAGGCAAACUUUAAAGAUAUAAGUUUCCUAACUCUAGAUGGAGACUCAAAUAUACUUACUAUAUUUACAGAAAAUAGAGCAUUCGCUGAUUACAAUCCUUUUUCUCUUGUAGUUUCUGGAGUACAAGGAUUAUCAUAAAAUUUCAAAAAUCAGAUGAUUUUCAGAUUAAAUUUAAUUGCAAAAUGCUAGCCUACUUAAAUAAAUGGGCCUUCUCCUAAAACCUUAAUUUACUACAUCCUUGAUGAUCCUCUUGAGGUUGUUCCAGAAGCUUUUAGCUCUGACCCAGCAGGUUGUGAGUUUACUUACAUUUGCAAGAUGUAAGGAGAAGAUUGUGAUACUACAAUGAUAAAAAACUUUGAUUGGUAAACUGGAAGUUUUGAUGUAUUCGUAUCUGAUUACAAAAAAGUUGGAAUGCAUGAAGUUGAAAUUUUAGCUUAUACAGGUGCAGUAUCAGGCUCAACAAUAAUUACUCUAGACCUUUAAAUAAAUUGCAAUUUGAGUGUCAUCAGUCCAGUAGCAAUUUCAAAUAAGACGCUUGGAUAUAAAGGCCCAAAUUUGAGAUUCUAAUUUACAAAAUUCUCAGAUUCGUUGAACUGUGGACCAAAAAUUGUCUACACUGCCAAAUAAGUUGGUUAAUCCAGCUUGCCUUAAGGAGAAGUUAUUAGUGAGAUAUUAUCUGACUAUAGAAUAAUAGCAUUUCAAAGUAUGAAUUUUACCGAAGAAAAGAUAAUCUCUAUUGAGCUAAUUGGAACUUUUUUGGAAAAUUCAUUCUUAAUUACUGAAAAGCUAAAGUCAAUGGAUGUAUCCCCAUUUUCUCAGAAACCAUUUUGUGAUAUUCCAAUCAAUUACAUCUCAACAAUGGCCAAUGGCUAGCCUCUACCGUCUUUUAUUUCUAUUAACACCAUCAGUUUGACUUACACUAUUUCCACCACAAAUACUUCACACAUUGGUCUUUAUGAAAUUAAGCUUAGUGGAACUACUGUGAGAUAACUACAGUCAGCGGAGAUUAUUUUUACUAUAAAUAUCGCUCGUGAUUAAUCUUAAAUGGGUGGUCUAAUCAAUACAGGUCCUCCUUAUUUUUAGAAGGAUCUAGAAUUGUUUGAAAUGAGAUGGAAUGAAUUUAAACUUUACUCUUUGCCGAGCAUUAGAGAUGAUGAUGAUGAUGAUGAUUAUAGCUGUGAACUUUAAAGCAGUCCAAGUUUUGUCAAGUAUCUUAAUGGGAAAAUAUAUCUUUCUUCUACAAAGUAAAAUAUAGGGGAGCAUCAAGCAACAAUACUUUUAAAGGAUAAAAAUAUGAAUAGUCAAAGCUAAACAUACUCACUCAAAAUAUAAAUAUAUGAUAUAAUUGCAAAUGAUAAUGGUGAUGGUGUUGAUGAUCUCUCUGGUGAGGAAAUAAUAGUACCUAUAGUAGAGGAUGGAGAACCUGGAACAUACUAAGAUGAUACAACAGAUUUCGAAAAGAAUCCGGAAAAAUACAUUACAGCUCAAAUUAAGAAAGUUUAUGCCAAUGGAAAAGUUCUUAUAUAGUUCAGUGAAAAUAUUGAUACACCAAAGGAUUUUAGUUAAUUUAAUUCAAAGAUCUUAUAAGUUAAAGUAAGUGCUGGUCCUUACUCUAAAAUUGAGGAACUUGGAUUUACAUGGGAAUGCACAGAAUUUGGCUAGAAAACAAUGACACUAAAAUUAACAUUUUAAAACCCACUUAGAAUAUCUUAUCAAGGAAAAGACAAAGUAAAUGUUAAGUUUUUACAAGGGUUACUAUUUUAAAGUAGUAAAGAUAAAAAGAAGCAUAUACCUGGUGGAUAUUUAAUUAGCAAAGAUAUAACUAGAUAAAUGGACAACGAUGGUUUUUCUUCAUUUUUGGGAGGUAUUGGAGAUGGUCUUUAAGGAGGGGCAAAUGCAAUUGUUUUAGGGAAUUUUGCUACAAAUCUUAUACUCUCCUCUUCCCUUUAAUAUUUAUGGGGAAUGAUCAAUGUUUUGCAGAUUACAGUACACAUGCCGCUCUUUAAUAUCAACUACCCGCCAAAUGCUAAAUUUAUUAGUAGCUUGCUUGUUAGUGUUUGCACUUUCGAUUUUAUUCCAUCAGAGGAAGCGAUAAUUAAUGCUUUCUAAUUUGAAGGUGAUGAGCCUUACGAUUCUAAUUUCGAUGCACUUGAUAUCUUUUAACUUAAGAUUAACCUUAAUUUCAUAACUUUAACUCCUUUUCACGAUAUGGCAGCUAAACAAGCAAGAAAAGCAUAUUUCUAUUUUGCAAACAAAUUAUAUUACAAUUAUUUCCUGACAUUUUUAAUUGAAGGAUAUAUAAGUUAUGCUUUGAUAAGCAUGAUCAAUAUUCAAAAUUUGAAAUUCGAUGAGAGUCUGUAAAUUCUAUCAUCUCUUCUUGCUCUGGUAUUUUUCAUUCUCACAGUGCUAUCUCCCAUUGCAAUAGCAAUUUUUAUUAACAAAAGCUUUGACUAUAUUUAAGCAGAGGACGAUUUGUAUGAAAAACGAUAUGGUUCUCUUUGGGAUACUUUAAAAAGAGACUCAAGAAAAACUUUAUUUUGGAAUGUACUCUUCCUUUUAAAAAGAUUUGCAUUUGCCUUGACUGCUGUAUUCAUGAGAGAAUCUCCAACAGCUUAAGUUUAAAUAGUUGUUUACUUGAAUUUGACUACUAUGAUGUAUGUACUUUAUACAAAACCAUUUAGCAAUCCUGCAAUAAAUAAAUUGGAGAUAUUUAAUGAAGUCUGUGUUCUUUUGAUAUCCUAUCUUUCCUUUUUAUUCACAGAUUACAUAAAUAACCCGAAAACAUAGUAUAAAAUAGGGUUAUUCUCUCUUUUUGUUUCAGCAGUAAUGAUUGGAGUAAAUUCUUCUUACAUGACUUACAUGAUGGUUUUAGAGCUGUCAACUUCAGUCAAAAGACUUAUUAAUAAAAUAAAGGGUUGGGUAGCUGAAAAAAGAAUUUCCAAGUAUUUUUAAGUUACAAAAACUCCAGACCAUGAUGAUGAUCAUUAAAGGAUAUAGGAUAGACAUAGCAUAGAUUUUGAUAAUAGUUCUCAUAUUAAAAACUAAUAAAUGUUUGAGUAGACUAGUACUAGUUUUAAGCCAGCAGACAAUGUUCAUGAAUCUAGGGAGGCUUCUAGGUAGAAUGCUGCAGCGUAGAGAGCAGCUUAUGAUGUUAGCUUGGGCAGGUAAAGAAAAUUAGGAGUAGGAGUAAAACUAGGUAAAAUAAAGGAAGUUUAAAAGCUUUUUAAACCAAUCAGUGGACUUCCAGUUGAUGAAGAUCUAGAGUAAAUUAAUAUUCCAAUAAGAAAGUAAACUUCAAUAUCAGCAUAACCAAGCAAUCAAAGAUAAGACACUAUCCAUGCUGUUGCUGGGGAGUAUUAGUAUAAUGGUAUCUAAUAUGGAGAUUAUUGA